CCACACAACUCCAUCAGACAAACACAUACAGAAACCUUCUGAUCUCAAGCAAUGAAGGCUGCCUUGCUUGCCCUGUUCUUCCUUGUCUUUGCCUUCACAUCAGCCAAAGCAAGUAUUUUGGUUGACACCGAAGGCAACGCCGUCAGAAAUGGUGGCUCAUACUACAUCCUUCCAGCACGCCGGGGAAACGGCGGCGGCCUCAGCCUUGCGGCCAUCGGCGGCGAAUCUUGCCCUCUUACCGUUGUUCAAACUUUGUCCGAACAAUCCAACGGUUUGCCCACCAGACUUUCUUCUCCUUACAAAAUCCUUUAUCUGCCCACAAACUUUGAUUUGGACUUCACCGUCGUUGCACCACCAAAGUGCGCAGCCCAACCGGCGAAAUGGACGAUCGUCGGCCGAAAAGAAGAGAAUAGGCAAGUGAAACUAGCGGGACAGCAAGACACCGUACGUGGUUCGUUUAGAAUUCAGACACAUCGUGGCCUGACCUACAAGAUUGUGUUCUGUGAGAGUGGUGAAGAGUCUUGCAGGGCUCUUGGGCUUUCCAACGAUGACAAAGGACACAGAAUUUUGUCUAUUAACGAUGAAAAUCCUUUCGUUGUCGUGUUUCGUAAGGCUCAAUCAUCUGCCGCAUAAAGGGUGGACUGCACUGCGUUAAUGCUGAGGAAGCCACUGCAUGUUGCAAGACUUUACAUAACUCCUUGCACGUAAUAAUAGAAUAAUGGUUCAUGUGUUUUCCUCUUCUACCUCUGUAUCUGAAGCCUAACAUAAAUAAAAUCAUGUUCCAAGUGGCUUCCUUUUCUCUUU